AUGGCUAGUAAUCGUCAGAGCACAGCAACGACUGUGCAAAUUGCAUUUGAUUCCGAUCCUGAACCGCAUCAUUGUGGUUACUGUAACACCAAUGGAAGUUGUACAGCAGGCAUCGUCGCCUCGACCAUGCUCGUCGAUGAUUAUCAAAUUCUGAUGGAUCGUGGUUGGCGAAAAUGUGGAACAUAUUAUUAUAAAGCAUUGAUGAAGACAACGUGUUGUCCACUUUAUACGAUUCGAUGCGAUGUGAAUAAUUUUCAAAUAUCACGUUCUCAACGACGAGUGGUGCAAACAAUGAAUCACUUUAUCAAUGAAAAUAUCAAACCCAGUGAUCAAACUCGAACAACAACAAUUACAGAUUCUUCGUUUGGACAAUCCGCUCCGAAAAAGCAGAAUGACGUUCAAUCGAAAUUGUCACUUAAUGAUUGGAUCAACAAACAAUCCAACACGAAUGCUGUACAAUUAAUUCGACAUGUAUUAACAAAUGAUACACCUCCAUCUGAUGAAUUUCUAAAAUGUUUGCGAUCACGACAAAAACGUUGGUACAAAAAAUUACUCAAACUUAAAAGUCAAAACAAACUUUCUUCAGAGACUGAUAUCCGUGCGCUAGUCAAACGAUUUGAUCGCAUGGAUAACCAUUCGCCCCAGAUAUUAGAAGAGAUAUUACAGUUCAACGAAAAGUCUGUGAAUAAAUUAGAAGUUCGUUUAGUUCGCUCGUAUCCUCCAUCGGAAGAAUUUACUCGAACAUUAACUGAAUCUCAUUCAGUUUAUCAACGCUAUCAAAUGGCGAUCCAUGGCGACGCGAGCUCUGCGUGUUCGUUCUCACAAUUCAAACGUUUCCUCAGCGAAUCAUCUUUAAAAAAAGAUUGUCCUCGAAUUCCUUCGUCGAAAGUUCCAUCAUGCGGCUAUGGAUCCUUUCAUAUGUUGUAUUAUUUGAACGGAAAAAUAAUUGCUUGCAAUGUUUUGGACAUUCUUCCCGGUGGUAUUUCAUCAGUUUAUUUCUACUAUGAUCCUGAUUUGGGCUUUUUGAAAUUGGGAGUCUAUUCAGCAUUAAAAGAGAUUGAAUUAACGAGACGGUUGGCUCGAGAAGUACCAGAAAUUAAAGAUUAUUAUCUUGGAUACUAUGUUCACACAUGCGUCAAAAUGCGAUACAAAGGUCAAUACAAACCAUCGUAUCUUCUGUGCCCUGAGACGUAUACUUGGCAUCGAAUUGAGAAAUGCGUACCAUUGUUAAAUGCUAAUAAAUAUGCGCGAUUCGAAUCGGAUGCAGAAAAAGUAGAUGAAGAUGAAGAAAACAGUAUUGAGCAUCUAAAACUACGUGUUGAUGGCCGGAUUAUCACACCAUUAGAACUACAACAAUGGAAUGAAGAGUACUUUUUUUACAUUCUAGAUCGAUUCACAAUGUUGGCAAAAUUUGUCGGCAAGACUUGUGCUAAUCGUCUAGUGAUUGACUUGAAUUAA